UGCGCAGCGAGGAGCCCGCUAAGGAGCGGCGCUGGCGGACGUCGGGCGAGCGGCCCGUGACGUCGUGAGGAGCGCUUUAAAGUGCGGGCCGGGCGGGGCGUCUGAGGGUCUUGGGGGGGAGUCGAGCGGCCGUUCGCGGCAUGAGGCGCUGCCGGCGCCCCUGCCCCCCGGGACGCGGAGAAGGUGGUGGAGGAGGAAGCGCCGUGCCCGCCGCCGCAUGACCCGCCGCCCCUGAGGCCCGACCCCGCUCUCGGCGCCCUCCGGUCACGCAUGGAGGCCCCUCGCUGAGGACCCCACCCCCCUUUCCCUCCGGGGGUCCCGGGCCGCGUCCCCACCCCCGCCCCUGAGAGCCAUGCCCGGCCGCCCCGCCCUUCCCGGAGGCCCCUAGAGUCGCGUCUUGGGGGCCAUGGCGGCCGCCAGCGGCUACACGGACCUGCGUGAGAAGCUCAAGUCCAUGACGUCCCGGGACAACUACAAGGCGGGCAGCCGGGAGGCCGCGGCCGCAGCCGCCGCCGCUGCCGUGGCCGCCGCCGCCGCCGCGGCCGCCGCCGCCGAGCCGUACCCGGCGCCCGGGGCCAAGCGCAAAUACCCGGAGGACUCGGACCCGGAGCGCAGCGACUACGAGGAGCAGCAGCUGCAGAGGGAGGAGGAGGCGCGCAAGGUCAAGAGCGGCAUCCGGCAGAUGCGCCUGUUCAGCCAGGACGAGUGCGCCAAGAUCGAGGCCCGCAUCGACGAGGUGGUGUCCCGCGCCGAGAAGGGCCUGUACAACGAGCACACGGUGGACCGGGCCCCGCUGCGCAACAAGUACUUCUUCGGCGAGGGCUACACGUACGGCGCGCAGCUGCAGAAGCGCGGGCCCGGCCAGGAGCGUCUGUACCCCCCGGGCGACGUGGACGAGAUCCCGGAGUGGGUGCACCAGCUGGUGAUCCAGAAGCUGGUGGAGCACCGCGUCAUCCCCGAGGGCUUCGUCAACAGCGCCGUCAUCAACGACUACCAGCCGGGCGGCUGCAUCGUGUCGCACGUGGACCCCAUCCACAUCUUCGAGCGCCCCAUCGUGUCCGUGUCUUUCUUCAGCGACUCGGCGCUCUGCUUCGGCUGCAAGUUCCAGUUCAAGCCCAUCCGGGUGUCGGAACCCGUGCUCUCGCUGCCUGUGCGCAGAGGGAGCGUGACUGUGCUCAGUGGGUAUGCUGCUGAUGAAAUCACUCACUGCAUACGACCUCAAGACAUCAAGGAGCGCCGAGCGGUCAUCAUCCUCAGGAAGACGAGACUGGAUGCACCCCGGCUGGAAACCAAGUCCCUGAGCAGCUCUGUGUUGCCACCCAGCUAUGCUUCGGAUCGCCUGUCAGGAAACAACAGGGACCCCGCUCUGAAGCCCAAGCGGUCCCACCGCAAGGCAGACCCUGAUGCUGCCCACAGGCCACGGAUCCUGGAGAUGGACAAAGAAGAGAACCGCCGCUCAGUGCUGCUGCCCGCACACCGGCGGAGGGGCAGCUUCAGCUCGGAGAACUACUGGCGCAAGUCCUAUGAGUCCUCGGAGGACUGCUCGGAGGCGGCAGGCAGCCCUGCCCGCAAGGUGAAGAUGCGGAGGCACUGAGGCCCCCCCGGACUCCGGCUCAUCCUCGCGUAGCUGCCCCUUUGUUUUGAGGGUUUUUUUUUUUGUUUUGUUUUGUGUGGGUUUUUUUUUUUUUUCCUUGAUCCUAUAUAUUUUUUCCUUGGUUUGUUGCCUGUUAAGGCAGACAGAACAGAAUUGCCCAAGACCUGGGCUCUCGCGUUCUUGGUUUUCUUCCCGGAUGGAAAGGCUGUUGGUGUCUGUAGGGGACAGGGGCUCACGCUGGAGUUGCCAGCACAGGUGUAGGGGCAGCCAUCUUUAAGUGGGGCUGUGUCAAACUGGGUUUAUUUAAAAGUAGCAAAAUGUUUUGGUUAAGAAAAUCCUUGUUUUGCUUUAAUUGUAAAUCUUUGCAUUUUCUAAACAGUUCAGUCUCCUGCCCACUCCUUUCCUCCACUGCUCUCUGCGCUUGGUGGAGGUCUCAGAACGCCUGCUGUCCCCUCCUCUCACCUGCUGUCUCACGGAAACACCCUUUCUUCCUCCCGUGGCAGAGUUGUUCAGGUUGGCUGGGUGGGGGCUGAGCAGUGCCGGGUCUGUGAGGCCCCCAGGUUCCCUCUGCACCCCUGGCUGCUCUGCCCGCAGUGCUGGGGCUGCCAGGAGGCGCUCUCGCCGAGAGCUUGCCGCCUUUCCGCCGGGCUGCUGCUCUCGAGCGUAUGCGUGUGGUUGUACAGACAGUUAGACUUGCCAUGUCGGGUCAGUGUUAGGAACUGUUUCUAGCUAGAGGGACUGGUGUCCUUCCAAGUCUAGCAUUUGGGAUGUGGGAAGUUGUUGUGGUGUGGUAGGGUUUUUGUUUUCUGUUUCAAGUUAUUUUUUCCUUUGAUCUCCUGGCUUUUUCCUUUCCCUUUUCUUUCUCCUACAUUGGCCAGCUUGGGCCUUGCCCCCUGUCCUCCCCUCUAGGAAGGUGCCCGGCCCUCUGCCUGCAGCUCAGGCCUGCAGACUGGGUUGGUGCCUCCUCUGCCUCAGGGGCAUGGGAGCUGGGGGAGAGGCUUUAAAAAAAUAGUAAUAGAAGGCAAAAAAAAAAAGGGUAAAUCCUUGGCAGUUCCUCCCCACCCAGCCCCUGGAAGGCUGUGAGGUUGUGCUGACCUGAAUUCAUUAGGGAAGUCUUCCUGCCAGCCGUGCCGGGAGCCAGGCCAGCCGGAGCAGAGGCCGUCCUGUCAGGAGACUCCGUCCCUCGGGGGAGGGGGCUCUGCACAGAGGCCUGGGCCUGAGGUCUCAGGCUGCAGAGAUCCGGGGCAGCCAGCGUCAAGAAGCCCCUCUCAGGGGCCGGGACUCCUUUGCCAGCGUGGAUUCCUCAAGUCAGGACUGCAUAACUAAAGCAGUUGCAGUUUUAUUUUUUUUACAGCUUUUUUCCCAAAAAAUGAUUUGUAGUUGUGUGUGCAGCACUUUGCCCUGAUAUGUGUGCUCUACAAUAAAAACCA